AUGUCGCCUAGACGAAAGCCUAUUUUUACGGUCGAUCCCCAGGAUGCGUUCGGUCUUCUAAAUCGACCACUUUCCCUCCGGUGUCAAGCUGAUGGUGAACCUCCACCGCUUAUCAUAUGGUACAAGGAUGGCCAACAAGUUCAAUCGAUUCGUGAAAGGCCUGGAACUUCUAAUAAAAUCAUAAAGUCAGAAGAGCUAAUGUUCCUCUCUUUUGAACCCGAGGAUGAGGGUACAUACUACUGCAAUGCAUCCAAUUCAGAAGGAUGGACAAGGUCUGCACAUGCAAAUGUGCGGCUGGCCUAUUUAGACCCCAUUACCGAGGGUCCACAAACCCAGGUGACUAGCAUCGGCGAGAAUGUAAUCAUGCGAUGCAAAAUUCCUCAUGGCUUGCCUGAUCCCGUCGUAAAUUGGUACCACAACACAGAGCUUGUGCAACUUUCUUUACGCAUAAAUCGGAUAGAUGGGGAUCUACACAUAUCUGAGGUUCAGCGACGGGACGCUGGGACCUACCAAUGCGAGGUUAGAAAUCGUGCGGGUAGACGAGAGAGUGAGGUAGCUACGUUGACUGUCCACCAGAAGCCACGUUUUGAGAUAACUCCAUCAAAUCAGCAGGUUAAAAUGGGUGAAGAUGUGGAGUUCGUGUGUCGUGUCAAUGGGGAUCCAAAGCCCUCUAUUUUGUGGCGAAGAGAGAAUGGCCAACAUAUCCCCGAGGAUCGCAGUGUCCUUCGUGAUGAUAAAAGCCUUCGAAUAUUUCAGGUUAGACCUGAAGAUGCUGGCACGUAUUUAUGCCAAGCAAAGAACGAGGCCGGAAGUAUCGAUGCAUCUGCGAAACUUGUCGUUCUUUCUCCUCCAAGUUUCACUAUCACCCCGACUGACACUACUGUUGCCGAAGGCAAGAGAGCUACUUUCAAUUGCCAGGCUAGUGGUUCCCCACGUCCUUACAUUAGAUGGGUCCACAAUGGUGAAUAUUUCUUCCAUUCCAAUUUCAAGAAUCCACAUCCAGUUGGAAAACCACGGGUAUUUGUUGAUCCCGAGGGCAGUCUAGUGGUUACUUCAGCUCGAAAAUCUGACGAGGGCAAAUAUGAGUGUCGGGCUUCCCAUAAGACAGGCAUGGUCAAAUCCUCAGCGAAUUUAUUUGUCAGCGAUUUAAACCCCCCGCCGAUAAUAGUAAUAGAAUUGGGACCCCAAAACCAGACUGUUCUUCUCGGAACCACUGCUACUCUUCGCUGUGAAGCACACCUUCUUGGAUCCAUCGGUCUUCCUGAAAGGCUUCAACACGAUUCUUAUGGUGUCAGUGUAACUUGGUCGAAAAAUGGUUUCAAAUUCACUCCUGAUAGUGAUCCAAGAAUUGUGCUUCUCUCACAAGGCACCUUGCAAAUAAAUGAUAUCAACUUUUCUGAUCAAGGCAACUAUACAUGCCGUGCCGAAACCACACAAGUUGUCAGUCAGACCCAGCAUAAUCAGCAAUACUUGUACUCCACUGAGUGGACGGCUAGUCUUCAAGUAACUAGAGCUAUGCAUCCUACCUACCAUCCAUCCAUUGUUGAGAAUCUUCCCAGGCCCCCAGGAACUGUUGAUAUUGUCGAAGUUGGUGACUCAUGGAUUUCUGUCAAGUGUACAGUCUCGCCUCUCCCGGUCUUCGGGGAUGUACAAGGGGAUCUGUCGUUGAACGAGUUUGGGGUUGUUGGGGCCCCACCUCAGGUGGUGGAACGCACACGGGUACGCGUUGAGUACAUCGGAAUUGGUGAAAACCAUGGGUGGUUAGUAGCUGCAGAAGCCCGUCCAGAUGAGACAGUGAAAAUAACCGGUCUCCAACCCGAGAGUGGUUACCGGAUCCUCGUAAGGACCGUGAGUCCACGCGGAGUGGGCAGGCCUUACAUUCUUCCACACACCGUGUAUACAAAGAAGCGCCAUCGUUAUGUCAAUUUCACCAGCUUUCCUGCAGAGAGCAUCAGCUCUGUCCUCUUUAGUACUCCCCAACUCACCAGUCUUUCCACCUCUGAGGUUGAACUUUCAGGUCGAAUCUGCGGUGCGGAAAAUGCACUAGCAUUGCUCACUGGCAUUAGUGUGCAUUACCGCGCAGUUCCUUUGGCCCGUUGUCUCCCAGUUGAUGCAUCUACUGAACGUGAUCAUCCAUCAGACCUAUGCCCCAACUAUACUCCUGUGGCUUUCGACGAUGAAGUCCCUUACUCUGGUGACAACAUGGCUCUGCUAUCUGAGAACUAUUGCAGUCUGCAGAUGUUGUCGGAGAAUGUAUUAGACUAUGCCAGUACCCAACUACCGCCUUCCGAUCAGCGAGAGCACUAUCGUUUCAUGGAGCUGUACCUAGUCAACUCAGCACCUUUUCGAAUGGUUUUGGACAACCUCAGUCCCUUCGUGUGCUACGAGGUCGAAGUAAAGGCGUAUUCGGAGGAUCGGACCCUGGGUCGAGUAUACAGUCAGAGCAGCCGUUCUGCAAAUGUCCUUACCUUCGAUAGCACGCCCAGCCAAGCGCCUCAGGAUGUGAAAGCGCGGUGGGUGGGUGCGAACGACGAGGUACUUGAAAUCAUGUGGUCGCCUCCACCACCAUGGUCCACCAAUGGGCUCAUCAGUGGUUUCUCCCUACGACUUCUCGGGAGAGACUCUGAACAGCGCAAAACUGUCAGGGUAGGUCCAAAGACGACACAGUAUAGAGUGGAAAAUCUCCAGCCCAGGACCAACUACACUCUAUACCUCGCUGCAAUCACUUGUCAUGGGGAGGGGGUUCGCUCUGAGCCCUAUCCUAUUAUCGCAAGCAACUAUCUCAAGCUCCUCGGUCGCAACGUCUCCGAGGCUCUCGUCUUUACCCGGACUUCUCUCUCUGAUGGUGAGGGUGAUAGCAGUAGCGGUGGUAGCGCCUCCUUUUCUCCCUCCACCAUUGGCGCCUUCAAUGUGAAGACUCUAUCCACGACACGCUUCCCUUCGGACGUCACAACCUCUUCUUCAGGCACUAGAGUCUACAAUCAUACUUGGUUCAUCGUCUGCCUGGUCUUUGUCGCAGUGCUCUGGUUGCUCAUUUUCGCAAUCAUUCUAGUCUGUCGCCGGCGCAGACAGCAACGUGUGAAGCAGCGUUAUCCACCCAAUGCAGCUACAGCCGGCGAAGAUAUGGCAUUCCGGCUAAAGCGAAGUGGCGGCGGAGGCGGUGGUAUUGACAGAAACAGUAAGGUGGGGUUGCUGGACGCCACUAAAGAGAACGGUGUGGUUACGCCUCAACAGCAACAACAACAGCCUAUAUUGGCACCAGUGGGACUGAUGAAGCAUAGCUCUCCGCGGCUCCAAAUGGGAACAGGAAUUCUAACAUCCCAGAGGUCGGCUCAACAGCCGCCGCCUCCACCACCACAUCAUGAGGACGAUGCGGGAUACGAGGCGCCGGGUAAACGCUUUUUUAUUCCGGUCGCUUUUCAUAUAAUUGGUAUCUUCUCGACUCGCUCUAUUCAUUAG